UCAGCGGGUACCGCAGCAUCAUCCACACCCCUCAGCAUCAUCAGCACCCCUCAGCCUCCCCUGCGGGAACCACAGUUUCAUCCCUUUAAUUUACUAUAAAGGACUGUAAAUACGCGCCAAAGACGCACAGGAAACAAAGCGCAUUGUUAUUUCUUCAAUGGAGUCAAAAGCGCAUCUUAUUUGGCGCAGUAGGUAUGGCGGCUAAUCAAAGGCUUAAAGGCGUACGCCUCAGGUUUUUAAUGCAUGCAUUUAUGUUAUUGUCUUUAGAUGUUUCACAGGCAUCCGAAGGACGCGUAUGGUGCGCAAAAUGCUUAAUCAAAUAGCAGGCGUUUGCAAACAGGAUUAUGAGGUUGUAAAAUGCAUGAGGUAAUAGACAGAUCUAAAGAGAGGUGAUGUGAAGAGGCUGGACGCAUUGCUGUGUUUAUUAUCGUUGGUGAUCCACACCCGUUAUUGUUGCGGCCAUGUCCCCUCCAGCAUCCGCGGCGACCGCCAGCGACACCAGCACCACAACCGUGUGCGAGGACACAGACGGUCCCAGAGAGGAGCAAACACCCGUCAAGCAAUCGUUGAGUAAGUCCAUGUGCAGAGAGGCAUUCUGGAAAUGCCUGCUGCUUUCCAUGCUCAUGUACGGCUGCAUCGGGGCCAUGGUCUGGUGCCACGUCUCCAGGGUCACCCGCUCGACCAUCAUGACGCCCGUGACCUACUAUGACAGUCCCUGCUCCGACGGCUACAUCUACAUUCCGCUGGCCUUCCUCGUCAUGCUUUACAUCGUGUACCUGGUGGAAUGCUGGCACUGCCACGCCAGAAACGAGCUUCAGUAUAAAGUGCACGUGGAGGGGAUUUACGAAAGGGUCCAGAGGAUGCAGCAAGCCAAACCUUGCAUCUGGUGGAAGGCCAUCAGCUACCACUACGUGCGGCGGACGCGGCAGGUUACUCGCUAUCGCAACGGAGAUGCCUACACCACCACGCAAGUUUAUCACGAGAGGGUGAACACGCACGUGGCCGAGGCGGAAUUCGACUACGGGCACUGUGGAGUUAAGGACGUCUCCAAACAGCUACUGGGGCUGGAAAGGUCAGCGAUCACCAAACUGAGGUUCACCAAAUGCUUUAGCUUUGCCAACGUUGAGUCCGAAAAUUCCUAUUUGACCCAACGGGCGAGGUUCUUCACCGAUAACGAAGGACUGGACGACUACAUGGAAGCCCGGGAAGGGAUGCACCUGAAAAACGUGGACUUCAGGGAGUACAUGAUUUCCUUUUCUGACCCGGACCACCACCCCUGGUACGUCUCCAACUACGUCUUCUGGACAACCGCAUUCCUGACCCUGUCGUGGCCCUUACGGGUGCUGACCGAGUACCGCACGGCUUACGUCCACUUCCGCGUGGAGAAGCUCUUCGGUGCGGACUACGUCCCGGUGACGCCGUGCGACGAGAGACCCUACUGCAGACGCAUCCCCAGGGUCAACACCAUAGACAGCACCGAACUGGAGUGGCACAUUCGUUCCAACCAGCAACUGGUGCCCAGUUACUCCGAGGCGGGUCUGAUGGACCUCGCUCAGCGCUCGGGAGGUGUCAGGCAGAACUGCGAACGCUGUCACCGGGCGAUCAGCAGUUCAUCCGUUUUCUCCCGCAGUGCCAUGAGCAUCUGCAACGGCAGUCCACGCAUCCCCUUCAGCGGCAGCCGCUUCUCUCUGGGCAGGCUGUACGGCUCACGUCGCAGCUGUUUCUGGAGGAGCGGAAGCCUGGAUGAACCCGAGAGUCCCAGCGAGAACACGCGAUGCCUGUCUGGAAGAAUCGUUGCAGAUGAGGAGGACCCACCGCCCUACCAAGAUGCUCUUUACUUUCCGGUCCUUAUCGUGCACUGCAGCGAGAGCUGCACAAACCAUCGCUCCUUCCACAGGAACAGUUCAUGCGUGGAGACGUCUUUAUGAUGGGCCUUCGGUUUUGGAGUUGGACGCACUAAAGACUGCCACGGAUUGGUUGAGAUAAACUUCUGAAAUGGAAGACAUAUCCUGUUACUCAGGAAGCAUUUAUUAUAAUCUUCACAUCCUCUUCACUGUCUGUUAUCAUUAAUGGAUUCAGAAACAACUUUAGCAAUAAUGAACACAAAGCAUUGGGAUUAUGAUGUUCAGACGCUGGCCACACAGAAGAGUCAGACACUUGCGGGCCCUAUUUGUUUGUUAGCUUUAAAGAGCAAAGGACUAUAUCAACCGAGCAAAAACCUGGUAUUUCUCUCUACAGAUAUGCAGAAAGAAAUUCGUAAACAACUUUUUAUUGGUCAUUUUUGCAAUCAUCUGUUAAUGAAUGUGCUCUUGGAAAAAUCAUUAUCGGAUGUCAUCGGACAACCAUGGACUGUAUGGUCUGCAAAUUGCUUAACAUUCAUAUAUAAACACUUGAAAAGAAAAGUAUAAUGGGCUGUUUCUACUUUUAAUGUGAUUUAACCGCAUCAGGCUGAACAAUAUACUGUUAAACAGAUGUAUGUCUGUAAUGGCGAUGUCCACAACAACAAGUAUCUCACACUAUUUAAAAAAUAUAUCAGGCUAUGCAACAAUGAACCUCUGGUAUGUUAUGCCUAAAAUGUAUAUAGCCUUCACUUAAUAAUGGAAUGUACGACUGUUGAAGCUUUCCUUAGCAAUGUACUGUACAAACUAUUCAACAGAGAACUGAAUUAUUUAGGGAGGAGGAGUCAUGCGUGUGCAUGAACUGAGUUAACAUUUAGUGAAUGUCAUAGGGAUUUAGUGGCUAUAAACUGCUAUAAACUCUUUACAUACAACUAAUGCAGUUUAUAUGGUGCAACAUACAGGAGAGAAAAUCUAUACAUUUUCUUUAUGCAACUAUAAAUGAUUUCUUCUCAUCUCAUAUGAUUUGCAUUAAUUAUAUGGUGCAUACUUUAUGAUGGCUCAAUUAUUGAUAAUAUGCUGGAAAGACCCUUAAAAACUGUCUUGAGCAUUCCAAAUACAUUUUGUUUCAGUUUAUCCUGAUGGCCUAUAUAUCUUUGGUCUGUUUCCUGUGACAUCUGAAGGUUGCAGUGUAUUUAUCCACAUUGCAUCCUUUCGCUUUUAUACUGCCAAGAUCAUCAUAUAAGAAAUGAGUAAAAAGGCCACCACUGUACAAUGUAGCACACAUUAAAUCAGACAAUGGAUGUAAACUUAACAAAUAAACUGCUUGUUGAUUCACAGAACGGAGUACACAUUUUAUGAGAGAGAGAGAGAGAGAGAGAGAGAGAGAGAGAGAGAGAGAGAGAGAGAGAGAGAGAGAGAGAGAGAGAGAGAGAGAGAGAGAGAGAGAGAGAGCAGUUAAGCAAAGUGUAUUGACAUGAACAAAGCACUAGAUGGCAGUAAACCUCAAGACAUAAAAUGAAGGAGCAUUCUUAAACCAUACAUUUCACCAGACUUUUUAAAGAUGUCAAAUAAAUCUUUGGUGUCCCCAGAGUACAUAUGUGAAGUUUUAUUAUAACAUGUUAAAAUUGUCACUAGUUUGUAGGUGUGUGCAAAAAUGUGCUGUUUUGGUUGUGUCCUAAAUGGCAGUGCUGUGGUUGGAUAGUGCAGAUUAAGGGGCGGUAUUAUUAUAAUAAGAUCCCCUUCUGACAUCACAGGGGGAGCCAAAAAUCAAUUAUCUAUUUUUCACAUGCUUGCAGACAACGGUUUACCAAAACUAAGUUACUGGGUUGAUCUUUUACACAUUUUCUAGGUUGAUAGAAGCACUAAGGACCCAAUUAUAGCACUUAAACAUGGAAAAAUCUGAUUUUCAUGGUAUGUCCCCUUUAAAAGGUACCCUGACUAUGAAGACUUUAAGACUUUAUGUUUGCCUUCAACUAAAAUUAAUUGAUAAGAAACAUUACUUUAAAAACAUUUUGUUUUUAUUUUCACAUUCAUAUUGUCAAUCCCGGUGAUAAUCUAUUAAACCAUACAUGACACAGUGCUCGACUUGCAUGAUGAACCGAUUGCCUUUUUUCUCAUCUUUAUAGAGCUGUAACAUUAGUAAUUUCACAAUGAAUUUAUU